AUGAACAAGAAGAACCGAAAACUCGCGGAGAAGAUAAAACAAAUGGCGGUGGAAUCUCAGAACUGGCAUUACAGGGCAACAUACAAUAAAUCUGUGGUUAAUUCCUUGAAGAUAAAUCUGCAACAAGUGAUGUUGUCGCAUGGAAAUAACAACAUUGCAGGAGGUUUAUUAGCUGAUCAUCAUCAAGUGGAGGAAGGGUAUGGGGAUAGCGACAUUGAUGAUGAGGCAGUUUCAUAUAACUACAUGAACAUCCAAGGGAUGCCAAGAGGUGGGAUGAGAUGCAAGUCGUGUAACGUGAAGGAGGUUUCAGUCUUGCUUGUGCCUUGUAGGCACUUGAGUUUGUGUAAAUACUGUGAUGUGUUCACUGGUGUUUGUCCGGUUUGUCAGUCUUUGAAAACUUCUAGCAUUCAGGUCUUUUUCUCAUGA